AUGACUCAUGGAAAACCUAGACAUCCUCAGAGCCAGGGGUCAGUUGAACGAGCAAACUGUGAUAUUAAAGAUAUGUUGGUAGCCUGGUUGAGUGAUAAUAAUACAACAGACUGGACAGUUGGUUUAAAAUUUGUGCAGUUUCAAAAAAACUCUAGCUACCAUUCUGGCAUUAGAAGGUCACCAUUUGCUGCAUUGUUUGGAUCCGAUGCAAAAGUAGGACUGACAACUUCAGCUCUUCCACAUUAUGUAAUUCACCGUCUCCAAAGUGAGGACGAUUUGCUGGCAGUAAUUACGGAAGAAACAACUUCAGAUGAACCACCUGCUGUCGAACCACCUGCUGUCGAACAAGUUACUGCUGAACCACCUGCUGUCGAACAAGUCACUGCACUGGGAGUAUUUUGCACGACUGUGAUUAGAGUUACUGCUGAACCACCUGCUGUCGAACCAACAUCACCACUCUCCGUUCGUCAAAAGAAUAUUACCUCUCAGCGAAAAUGUGCGUGCGAAGCACAGCUUUCACAAGCUGAACGUAUGGUUAAACGAAGUCGUCGUAAUAUGGACCGUGGAAACGUCGGGAACAAUGUAACGAUUCCGAUACCAAUGGUGGAUAGGGGUCGUGGGGAUCCAAGGAAUAUCAUGGGAAUAAUUAUGGAUAUUGACGAAAAUGACAAUUACACGAUUGCAGUGAAGAGUGGUAUACUGAGUGGGAAAUAUACCAGGAAUCAGUUUGAUUUAUGUACGUAUGAACUGUAUUCAAAAGACCAUGUGACAACCGAUAGGAUUGUUUCGCUUCGAACUGCUGUGCAGCAAGAGUCGAAGUCAGGUGGUCAAGGUUUCGUCAAAUGCAACUGUGCUGGUUCAAAACGUUGUCAAACAAAUCGAUGCCUAGACUUGCAUCACGAUUCCCCAUUUGGGGGUGCCAACUUGGAGCUGUCGUCUUGCAGUGGCGUCUGA